AUGGACAUGGUUUCUCAGCCGCGGCAAAAGUCUCGAGACGCUACGAGUGCGCGUCGUGGCACUGGGAGUCUGGGACCAACUUGUACCUUACUAUCAUGGACAUUUAUCGCGACUUGGGAUACGGAGUUCAUUGAAGAGGUUGGGUUGAAGUUGCUUGCUGGCGAGGCGAAGCUUAGAGCUGCGCCUGUUAUCCUUGCUACGACUUGUAAUAUCCAAUGUAUGGCCGUGCCUUCGAGACUUUCUCAGAAGAUCCACUCCUAUCAAAUAUCAUCGCCGCCGCAUACGUCGAAGGCGUUCAGAAAGGCGGUAUUGGAUCUACAAUCAAGCACUUCGCGUACAACGACAGAAGGCAAUCGCAUGCCAUGCGACUCAGUCCUCAGCGAACACGCACUUCGCGAGAUCUACCUCAUGCCGUUCAUGCUUGCCCAGAAGUAUGCGAAGCCGUGGUAUUUUAUGAAUUCGUACAAUCGUGUCAAUGGCACCCACGUCUCUGAGAACAACCAUAUCCUGCAAGACAUCCUACGCGGCGAGUGGGGCUUUGAGGGAUUGCUCGUGCUGUAUCUGGUGAAAAGGUUUGGCAUCUAUAGCAUAGACUUAAGUCUCAACGGUGGCCUUGACCUCGAGAUGCCAGGAAUUAACAAGUGGCGCACGUUUGAUCUCAUGAACAGGUCUGUCGGCUCGAGGAAAUUGACUGUGAGGACCGUCAAAGAACGUGCGCGCAAAGUCAUCGAGCUUGCCACACGAAGAAUCCUCGAUGGAGAUGGCCUCGAACGAACCGUCGAAAGCGCCAAAGACACAGCUCUGAUGCCCAUACUCGACUACGAGUUCUUCACACCCUCGGGAAAACAUAGUUGGACUGCUACAUGGUGCGUACACCAAGACGACGAGAGCAUGACUCCACUCAGCACACCCCGCUCGACGCGUCUGGCCAACGAAAUGAAGAUAUUCAUCAGCACAUCAGCUCCCAAGGGCAUCCAGACAAGAGCCAAGCUCUUCGUAGAGGGUGAUCUUGUUAUUGAGAACUGGACCCGCCAGCGCCGUGGCCAAUCCUUCUUCAGCUCUGGUUCCAUGGAAGAGGGGACCGCGUCCCACUCAAAGCAGGCCACAUCCUCGUCGAGUUCCGCAAGUCCGCGCCGCAGCAGACAUCUCUCAGUAGUUGCGACAACGUGUCGUGCGUUGAGUGGUCCGGCGCUCGACGUACUAUGGGAUACUCAAAUAUGCUUCGGGCAGUUGCUGAUGAGCAUACCUCCAUCAAUCGUCGAAAUUCAGGAUAGUAAUUUUAAACUAGAAGAGGAUCAGAAUAUUAUAUCUUGUGAUGAACCAUACCUGCGUCUGAGCAUUUCGGUAUGCGUCUUCCUCACAAAUGGUUCCAGCACCUGA